AUGAAUCGGACAAAUGUCUUCUACGAGGAAAGACAUUUCAACUACGAACGAGGGAUUGCACAUUUGUGCGUUGAGAGGUUCAUGGUCGUCUUAUAUGACGACAUUCUGCCGUUGUGUGGAAGACUCGGCCAGGAAUCACGUGAACAGAUCACGUCCCUUACGAUAGAGUAUAUACGAAGUCUGCAAUUCUCUCUAGAGAAACAGAAAAAACGUGUAUCAGACAACAAACUCCUUCAUGAUGCUACACAGUCAUUUCCUUUACAUAGAUUAACAGAUGAACAAAGAAAAUGGCCGAGACAUCCAUAUGUACUGUUAUUGGAGAUGAUCGAUUUGCUACAUGGUUUUUCUGACUGUGAUGAGAUUGUUCUGUCAAGACUACUAUACUAUCACGAGAAACUUAAGCCGUGCGAACCAGGACAGCGUGACAGGAACAAUAUCCUCGAAUCAACCACCAUUUGCCAAGCAAAGAUAGACGUUCCUAAAAUUGUUUCAUGGGGUGGCAGUGUUCCCUGCAAGAGUCUAAAAAAGCCAUACAUCAAUGGGAUGAUGGCGCGCGGAAUAUUUCAUAAGUGCAUUAAAGAGGCAAUACAAGUGGCAAUGGCGGCUGAAGAGUCUAUUAAAGUAAAACUUCAAGUUGUUUCAAGUGGGAAAGUCUUUUCCACAGCCUAUCAGUUGAAACGAGCGUGGGGCAAAACACGACUGCAACAUCUAAAAUUUCCUUGCGUGUCACUUGUACCUCCAUGUACGCAGUGUCAACAAAUUUAUCCGACAGUAAAGUAUCAUCCUUCUCCCACGGAUCAUCGUCCAGCACUUUGGCCAUUCGGAAAUUGUGCGGAAAACUACGCUUUCAGUCGAUUAAUUAACAAAGCAGGAGCAUCUGUCAUCCGGCCAUCUACAUUUUGA